GGCAUUUAUGUUGAGGUUAAUUUGUUAUUUUGAAUCUCGUGCGUAUGCAUUUGUGCCCCAGCGUUUUUUGCCGAGACAAAUUACAGCCUUUGUGCCGCUAUUGAAGUUUACAAUUCCUUCAAUUCUGCAUCUCAAGCAGAUGCAUGAUGGGGAAUACACUGUUGCCACUUUUGUGAAAUGCGUACCUUCAUAGAAAGCCUGAAGUGACUAUUGAUUUCAAUCUGAGGCAUUAUGGUGUGCUUAUACACACUACCAUUAUUUGGAAUGGAUGUGCAGAUGUUAUACCCUGCAAAAUGCAGCAAAUAAUUUAGCAUGGUCCAUGGUAAAGGAAAUUUCAUGCAAGGGCUUUGUUCAUAAAUUCAAGUGCAGAUUUUGUUUGAAGCUUGAGCCCAAAUGGUUCUCCUGCUCAUAAAGCAUGUUGAUGAGGUACAAUUUUUGUAUGAGACAAGCACAUCAGAGACAUUGGAUGAAACAAUACCAGUUGUUACUGCAAUCUUCAAUGGCAGACUUAAAGUGCAAAGGCUUUGUGCAGAGCUGGCCGAGCUACGGGAGCAUGGCAUCGCGCUGCCGCCGGAGAUGGUCGGUCUCACGCCCGACCAGGUGGAGGAGCUGAAGCUGAUGGACGCGCAGGCCGACGUCUGCGUGCCCUCCGGCGGGUACGAGCCGUGCGCCGACCCGAUCGGACGCCGGAACGGCCGCGCGCCCAAGGAGAACAUGCGUGAGGUGUUGCGCAAAACCAUGGCCGAGGCCGAAGCCAUCGUGAGCAAGAGCCAGGCGAAGGCCGGCGUGUGCUUGACGGAGAGGAUGGUGGGCGAGGCGCUGUCUCUGCUGAAGGGAGCUGUCAUGAUCGUCUACCCCAUGGGCCUGCCACCCUACGAUCCCGUCCGCAUGGAGCUGGAGAAUCGGGAAGAUCUGAGCGGGACACAGGCUUCCCAGCAGGUGAUGGACCCGGUACUGGCGCAGCUAUGGUUCUCUGGCAAGGAAAUGCUUCGAGGCAAGAAGCUGUCCGAUUACGUCGGCAAAAACGAGAAGACAAAGCUGGUGGUCAAAAUACAGAAGAAAGGUCAGGGAGCGCCCGGCCGGGAGCCGCUCAUGACCGAGGAGGAGCAGAAGCGGCUGAUGGCGGCCGAGUACCGGCGGCAGGAGGAGAUCAAGCGGCUAGAGCGUGAUAUGGACGACACCCAUCUCAACUCUCCGUGGGCCGACAGCGGCGCCCUCAAGCGGUCAUUUCACGGACUAAACAAUGUUUCCUGGAACCCCCACUAGGUGGCGGGCGAAGCGCUGCGCUCGGUAUAUCUCGUCAAGCUGCCUCUGCCAACGACUUGGACGAAGAUGGCUCCGUUCGACUUAGCUUAGGCGCAGUCGAACUGCUUAUGUUCACGUGAUAUUUUGCGUUCAGAGGGGCUUGAAUCGCAGAGCCCGGACACCACAUGCGCACAGCUAUCAUGCGAUGCAAUUUCCGAUUGGCGGGCUGAAAACGGCCGCGGACAGCUCGCCCAUCGGUCGGGUCUCGUGCCUCGAGGAGUCCGGCGCGGACUGGCGAAGCCCAAGCGGUAGGCGCGCCUCGAGCCGGGGCUGAGUCGGGCCCGCCUCUCAUGCAGCGUGUGUUGAGCGGCGCUGAGGACGCUCCUCGGCUGCGUGUCGCUCUGUGGCGGGCCGGCCGGGACCGGCGCGACGGCGGGAUCUCGCUGCCUCUCUGUCCGCCCGCGCGCCUGCGAAGCUCAAGUGUCCGCUGCCGCUCUGACCUCGCCUGCGCGCGUGUUUUGUUUACCAGCGCCUGUGUCGCUCGGUGGCCGACUGUGAUACGGUUCCGUAUUCUGUUGGCAUCCGUGCUGUUUUUCUCCCUCUCCCCACUUCCACCUUUGUCGUUUUCCAUGCAUAACGCACUGCUGCAACCACAUACUUCCAUGGUAACGACGAGGGGCGGCCGGGCUCGCGGCCGCCGAUCCUGAUUGGUGAUGUGUGUGUCAGCGCGUGAUAGUGCGAGCAAGCGCGUGCGAGUUUACCCUUCGGGUUCUGUUCCCUUCCCUCCACUCACUUUAAUCCUUACGUGCACCUCCGUGCGCACCUGUGGGCAACAGAGCCUCGGUCCAGAAGGUUUCCACCAUUUGGUCCGGCUGAAUCCCGUCCCGUGCCGCCCUGCUUCGCGCCAUGCCCAGCGCUACCCGCGGCGGCCGCCUGGCGACCAGGCUGGCCGUGCUCCCGGCGGAGCACGACCUGGCUGGCCGUGAUCCUGGCGGGGCCCGACCAGGCUAACCGUGCUCCCGGCGGAUCACGACCAGGCUGGCCGUGAUCCUGGCGGGGCCCGACCAGGCUGGCCGCGAUCCCGGCGAAGCCCGACCUGGCUGGCCGUGCUCCCGGCGAAGCCCGACCCGGCCGGCCGUGACCUCGGCGGAACCCGACCCGCUGGCCGUGCCCCCGGCGGAGUCCUACCCGACUGUCGGUCUCACCGGGCGGUCUGUUCGGCUGCUGCAGCUGACUGACCUGCUGUGCUGUGCUAUGCCCAGCUGCUCGCUCUGGUGGGAGACGCUCCCGCACUUUCGCCUGAUGCCUUCGUGACUUCUCCGCCGCCAUGGUGUCUUGCCUUUGCAUUCUUCAUUAAUGAUGUUUUAAUAAAUCGUUCGAAAGCU